UCUCCCUCUCUCUCCCUCCAUCACCCAGCAUCCACUCCACCCCAUUCCACACAACUCGCAGCAGCAAAGAUGGGAUCGCUACUCUCCACCGAUCGCAGCAGCGCAUCCAGCAGCGGGCCACGCGCCAACCUGUCGACCAGAGGUGCCAGAAAUGCGGCCGAGUUUGCGGAUUUUGCCAGAAAGAUGAGUUUGGCGAGGAAUGUGUACGAUGAGCGGGACAACCCCACCGGCAUCGUCAUCUUGGGCGUGGCGGAUAAUGGUCUGCUACGAGGGCAGCUGCUAAAGUUCUUCAACGCUCAAGGCAAUCUGGACUUGAAUGCGAGGGAGUUGACGUACGCAGACCGCAUCUUUGCAUCUCAGAGGCUGCUGGUGGCGCUGUGCAAGCUCUUCAACGAGGUGCCAGACGGUGUACCACCGCUCACCGGACAGCACCAUCACACCCGCCUCAUCACCGCGCUCGAACCAGAACACAUCAUCAUCGGAUCCGGCGCGACCGGCAUCCUGGACAAUGCCAGCUGGGCGCUGUGCGAUGCGGGGGAUGGCAUCCUGCUCAGCGUGCCCGCUUACAAUGCCUUUUGGAACGAUUUCAAUACGCGUUCCCAAGUCCAGAUUGUAGAGGUGCCCGUCAGCCCGGCAGAUGUUCCCCUCGACAUUGCUCAGCAUGUGCAGGCCUACGAAAAGGCUUAUCUAGAUGCUACCAAGAAGGGAAUCGAUGUUAGGGUCCUCUUGCUCUGCAAUCCUCACAAUCCCACGGGAGCCAUCUACCCUAGAGAGCUCGUCAUCGAGCUGGCCAAAUUCGCAGCCAAGCACGACUUGCACCUCCUUUCCGACGAAAUCUACGCUCGAUCAUGUUUCCGCACCGAAAACGUUCCCAAUCCGCCCGAUUUCCACUCGGUCCUCACCAUGGACCUGGCCCGCGAAGCCAACUUGAAUCCCGCCAAGGUCCACGUCGUCACCUCCGCAUCCAAAGACUUUUCCAUCAAUGCGAGUGCAGCAAAUGGAUUCCGACUAGGCGUGUUCAUCUCGCAGCACAACAAGGAGGUCAGAGAUGCCGUUUCGGCACUGGCCGUUGUCGCACAAAGCUCAGCGCCAGCAGGUGCACUCUGGUACCACCUCCUCGAAGAUGGUGACAAAUUUCUCCACUGGUUCUUGACGGAGAAUAGGCGACGCUUGUCGAUUGCGUACGCCUACGUUUUCGAUUGGGCAAAGCACCACUCUUUGCCCGUAGCGCCAUCCAAUGCGGGUCAUUUCCUGCUGAUCGAUUUCGCCUCUCGUCUAGCAUCGCGUUCGGCGAAAGAGGAGGAGCGAAUGACGGCAAAGCUCAUCAAGAAUGGCGUGUUUGUCGCACCCGGCGCGCAGUAUCACCAUCCCAUUCCCGGAUGGUUCAGACUGACCUUCUCGAUGGAACCGCACGCGCUCAAGGUCGGUCUGUCGCGCAUCGAACAGACGCUGGGACUGCAAACGUGGAUCGAUGCGCAGCCCGACUUGGAGUUUGGCGAGCAAGAGACCGAAAAGUUGUAGAUUACGCCCCGCACCCCUUUUUCCCCCCGCGCGACCACGAAUACGACUGUUUACGUCUGCUGCGCCCCGAAGUAAUUCGUCAGCUUGUUUUUCUGCUUGUUCGCCUCCCUUUUUGGCGACUCUUUGGCUUCGGGCUUUUC